ACCACCUCUAUUUUUUUGGCCUUCCACAAUGGGCUCCAUCGCUGGCGAGGAAGAGCUUCAAGGAGCUGGCGAUUGCGGUGGAUGCUGCGGCAUUGGUAGGGUUUACGUCAAGGAGGAUGAUCCGUCCCAGCCGGCGCAAUGGCGGGAAUGUAGCCUGGGGUUUUCCGAGAUUUGCAAGGCGGAGCUGGUGCCGGAUGCUCUCUUCCAGGCCAAGAUCGAUGGCGCCGGCGCUGGCGCCGCUGUGGACGAUGCCAAAUGCGCGUGGCUUCGAUCGCAGCUCAUUGGAUCGGGCUACGAGCUCUCCACUCCGUUUGGCAAGCGGGAUCUAUUCUACGCCGAUUACACCGCCUCCGGCCGAUGCUUGUUCCACAUCGAAAGCUUCAUCACGCAGAAUAUCAUGCCUUUCUACGGGAACACUCACGCCGAGGAUAGCUUCGUGGGAGACACCACUUCCUUCCUGGUGAACGAAUCCACUCGCUACCUCAAACAUUCGCUUGGAGCUACCGCCGACGAUGCGCUCCUCUUUUGUGGCUCCGGAUGCACUGCUGCUGUGAAGCGCCUCCAGGAGGUCAUGGGCCUCGCAGUGCCUUCCAUUCUCCGGGACCGAGUUGUCAAGACACUCAAGGACGAAGAGCGCUGGGUGGUGUUCAUUGGCCCGUUUGAGCACCACUCUAAUCUCUUGUCCUGGCGCCAGAGUCUUGCGGAGGUGGUGGAAGUUCCCACGAACAAGCAAGGACUACUCGACGUGGAGUUUCUCGAUAAGGCACUCGCGGAUCCAAAGUUUGCGGGGCGUCCCAAGCUCGGCUCCUUCUCAGCAUGUAGCAACGUUACUGGAAUUCUCGCGGAUACACGAGCAAUCGCUAGGCAGCUCCACCGCCACGGUGCGCUUGCUUGCUUCGAUUUCGCUAGCUGUGGUCCUUACGUCCGCAUCGAAAUGCGCGCUGGAGAGCUCGAUGGCUACGACGCGAUUGCUUUGAGCCCCCACAAGUUCGUCGGAGGACCUGGAACACCUGGGCUGCUGCUGAUCAACAAGAAUCUCUACUUGCUGCGUGACAAAGCACCAUCCACGCCUGGGGGUGGCGCAGUCGACUUCGUCAAUGGCUACACGGAAGAAGAUACUUUAUACCUGAGGGACAUCGAGGCACGAGAGGACGCCGGAACGCCACCGAUUCUCCAGAAGAUCAAGGCUGCUUUAGCGUUUUGGAUCAAAGAGGAGAUGGGAUACGAGCUCAUCGAGUCCAGAGAGCAGUACUUCAUCACCACCGCGCUGAAGCGACUGUCAGCCAACCCGAACGUGAUGCUGCUGGGAAACACGGAGGCGAAGCGUGCUGCUAUUCUCUCGUUUCUUGUCUACGCGACGGAACCGGGUGACCAAGUUUUGGAGAAACGAAAGAUCCUGCAAGGCCGGUUCAUUGUCAAACUCUUGGACGACUUGUUCGGCAUCCAGUCGAGAGGUGGCUGUUCCUGUGCCGGGCCUUACGGCCAUGCUCUUCUCAAUGUCGACCACAACGUCUCCAUAAAGCUCCGCGAUGCAAUCCAGAGAGGAUAUGGUGGAGUUCGACUUGGAUGGGCUCGCUUGAACUUUGCGUACUUCAUGUCGAUCGAAGAGUUCGAGUUCGUGCUGUCCGCUAUCGAGUUUGUUGCCGAGUACGGCCAGCGUUUCAUUCCGCUCUACGAGUUCAACUGGAGAUCCGGAGCCUGGACGUUCAUGCCCGAGUUUAAAUCCAAGUACGCGGCACUAGCCGAGGAGGAGAAGCUUGAGGACGAGUUGCCGGAAGUGAAGCACAAGACGUAUCUGGAAACGGCGAUAUCAAUUGCGAAACUCCUGCCGGAACAUCCUCAAGAGCGAGACGUCCCCAAAUACAUCGAUCCGGUGCUAGUCGAUUUUAGAGUUUGAUGAGAAGUAGCAUUCGACAGUGGCUGGAAAUGAUACUGAUAAAGCAAAAAUAAUAAACGUUUGUGUCAAUGUC